CAGCAGGCUUCUCAUGUUUCCUUGCACAAACGCAUAUAAAUUCGCUCUCCAGACCUCCGCAACUAGUGUCCAAAAUUACAUUCAAGGAAACGAUGGAACUUCUCCCAACACAACAGGUGGCGCUGUUGAGCCUGUGUGCUCUGUACAUCCUGCUGGUGCCACACCACUUCCUGCACGCUGAGAAGGUUCCAGAAGGGUCCUGCUGUGGCUACUCCGGCAUGCCCGGGACACCAGGCCAUAACGGUCUCCCUGGGCGAGACGGGAACAUGGGAGAGGCUGGUCCAAAGGGGGAGAAGGGUGACCCAGGCACAUCGGGUGCACAGGGGCUUCAUGGAAAGCUGGGUCCGGCGGGUCCUGCUGGUAGGCCUGGUCCAGCAGGGCCCAGAAGUAUGCCCGGCCCAAGUGGAGAGAAGGGGGAGAAGGGGUCCAUGGGUUUGGACGGCAUAUCGGGACAGAAGGGGGACCAGGGCCCCCCCGGGCCUCCAGGUCCCCUGCCUGCCAUAGACCUUGUGGAACUGCAGUCGGAGCUUAAGGCACUGCGAGAUGUUCUCAACAAAGUGACACAGUUCACCUUCACUAAAAGGGUUGGAACGAAGUACUUUUUGUCUGAUAAGAAGUCGGGGGUGUUUGAGCAAGCGGUUGCGGCAUGCAGCGCUGUUGGGGGGGUUCCCGCCCUGCCUAAAAGCCAGGAAGAAAACCAGGCUCUGAUCGGAAUGAUGUCCAGUUCUGAGCACGCCUGGCUCAGUGCGAACGACAGGACAGCCGAGGGCACGUUUGUGGACCUGCAGGGGACAACGCUCGGAUUCAGCAACUGGAAGAAAGGAGAACCAAACAACCACAAAGGGGUAGAGGACUGCACUAUCACAGAUUUCAACGGCUCCUGGAAUGAUGUCAACUGCGAUUUAAGCUCCAUCAUUAUUUGUGAGAUUUAAAGGAAAAGAAAAUGUAAUCAUUUCAUAAUUUAGGCUACUCCUAUAUGUAUUUGCAUUUGUGUGUGUGUGUGUGUGUGUGUGUGUGUGUGUGUGAUAUCCAAUCAUAUCAAUCCAACUUACUGAUUGAGCAAUACUCAGAAAUUAUCCUAAUAAAUAUAAUGACAUAUAACUCUAUAAGCCAGUGAACCAUAUGGAAUGUGUUGUAUGAUGUGUAUACUAAGCCAAGCUACCACUGGUAAAAUAUUCAUGUGUAUUCCUUCCUAUUUGCAAAAUAAAUACAUACAUAACUAAA